CUUGUGGUGUCACUGUGACAAAUGAGUAUGGCAGCAGAAAAGGAAUACACUGUCAUUUCUAACAUUAAAUACUGUAUAUCCAUAGUCAUGCAGCAAUAAAUAUAAGUUCAUGCAGCGCUGUAUCAGUGUGCGGCCGGAGGGCAGAGGCUACAGAGCAGCACACUGGCUAUAAGGGGCUGACCGUGUACACUGCAGUUACAGGGGCUUGGGGCUGGUCACUGUGUGAUGUACUGAGAUGACCUGUAGCACCAGGCAUGCUGUAUGGGAUGCAGUAACUUGGCACUGUCAGUGAAACACAAUCAUUACAUAACUGCAGUCACAGCGCUGCUUCCCGGGAUCUGCCCCGCCUCAGCUACACACCCAUCCUGGCAGUGGCACCUGUGGAAUUGUUUGUUACAAUGUACACAUCAGGUUGUGAGAAUGGGCAGCAGAAAGGUUGUGAAAACUGUCCUCAGCAUUGAGCAGUCGGAGGGAGUUGGCGCCCGUGUCCGAAGGAGCAUUGGCCGGCGUGAGCUAAAAAACCUGGAUCCAUUCCUGAUGCUGGAUGAAUUCAAAGGUGGUCGGCCAGCAGGCUUUCCAGACCAUCCACAUCGAGGCUUUGAAACGGUAAGCUAUUUGCUGGAUGGAGGUUCUAUGGCGCAUGAAGACUUUUGUGGACAUGUUGGCAGAUUGGACCCUGGAGAUUUGCAGUGGAUGACAGCUGGACGUGGCAUUGUACAUGCAGAGAUGCCGUGUACAGAUGAGCCAGCACAUGGAUUACAACUGUGGGUUAAUCUGAGAGGAUCAGAAAAGAUGGUUCCACCUGAAUACCAAGAACUGAAAAGUGAUGAAAUUCCUAAGCCAUCAAAAGAUGGUGUAACCGUUACCGUUAUUUCUGGAGAGUCAAUGGGGGUCAAGUCAAAAGUCUAUACAAGAACGCCCACUCUGUUUCUGGACUUUAAGCUAGAAAAAGGUGCAAAGCACACACAGGCGGUACCUAAAGGAUGGACUGCCUUCAUUUAUACAGUAUGUGGCAUAACCUUUGUUGGGCCAAGUGAUGCCCAAGAGAAGGUCGAGGCUCACCACACAGCAGUGCUGGAUGACGGGGACAGUGUCCAGUUUGAGAAUAAGGACGAUGAAUUGUCCCACUUUGUUUUAGUUGCUGGAGAACCUAUAAAGGAACCUGUUGUGCAGCAUGGUCCAUUUGUGAUGAAUACUCAAAAGGAAAUUUCACAGACCAUAGAAGAUUAUAACCAGUGCAAAAAUGGGUUUGAAAAAGCUGCAACAUGGAAAUCAAAGAUUGGGAACAAAUGAAAUGCGGAGUUCCCUUCCCAAGAACUGACUGUCAAUGUGGCACAUUGUAUAAUCUCAUCAUUGGUGCUUAGGAAAUAGUUACCUUUUUAUAUUCUCAAUAAUUGCAUAUUUGGUGUGUAUUGUUUAAUGUUUCCAGAAUGGGGGGGGGGAAACAAGCAGGCUAUUACAUUUCCCACUGUGUCUGUAAAUAUUGGGGGUGGGGUGUAUCACGCAUUGCACACCCCGCCAUUUGCCGCAUGCAUAGCAGUGUUUAUUAACACCGUAUGCAUAACGACUUGCAAUUGUUUACACACAGAACAGCUCUUCUGAUAAGCUGUCCAUAGCUAUAUGAGGACUUCUGGGUUUAUGACCCGGGAGUUCUACUGCGGAUCCCUCUCAGGGAUUUAUGCGGAAGAAGCCAAUAUACUUUAAUAGGCAACGCCAUCUAUAGGUGACAUUGCCUAUCAGGUACAAGCUCUGAAAAGUUUCUCAUUUUGUAGCUUUAUACACCUAGGAAAUGCAAUCAAACCUCUGAAAAUUUCAGUUUUCUGCGUUUUGAGCGCAUUUUGCUGUUAGUACAUCCAACCCUGGGAUAGAGAAAACUAUUCAUUUUGUUUCAUUAGGGUGGGCCCAUUUUCUCCAUACUUUACAUACUUGCCUACUUUCUCAAUCGGAGGACAGAUUCAGUGGGCAACGUCCCACUUUUCAACAUUAUGACCUGCACACCACUGCACAAUGGAAUAAUUUGCAGUAGCCAGCAGGGGAGGGACAUGACCAUGUGAUUCGCAGUGAGAGUCAUUAAGUAUGUCUCCAUCUGGAGUGGCAGCUAUUUUGUGGACUGACACAAAAUUCAUUUUAGCCUAACUCAUUAAAGGUUACGUUUUAAAUUAUUUACAACAUCACCAUUCUCUUUUUAUAACUAGUUUUGUAUUAAGAGUGAGCCAACAAAAAAAGUCCAUCUCUCUUUUGCACUCACGACAAAAUUAGGCCUAUCAAUUCACUCGAAACAAGUGACCUCACUGCAUACCACAUACAUCUGUGGUGUUACUAGUUAGAAAUAACUUUUACAACUGCAUUCUCUUGAAAAAAAUUGUUUUCUGUCAACAAAAUGGCAGGCGCCACUGUAUUUAAGUAAUAGGCAUUCAUAUCCAGAAAACCAAUGUACACAAGGCAGUUGUAGAAAAAAAUAAGUAUAUUGUCUGCAGAUAAAAAAAAAAAAAAAAUACUAAACAAUAACCAUUGUUUGCAUAUUUUCUUAUGUCAGUAAAGAAAGAAAAAUAAACAUUAUAUAUAAUUGCGA